AACUCGUUUGUCGAUCAUCAGCGUAUGUCGUGGAAAAUACUUGCACAAAAAUAUUACACACAGAAACACGCCACUCAGCCGCAAUUCAACCAUUUAUAAAUUUGGUAUUAUUGAGUGUAUUGUGAGUCGUGUCUUUAUAUUUUUGUGCUCUCUUUGUGUUUUUUUUGUGCGAAGUUGAUUUGAUUUGAUUUUUUUACUUCGUUCAUUUUGGUUUAUCACAAUCGGGUAAAACGUGCAUGCAACAUAUAUUUUGGUCCAUAUUUUAGCAUUAUCUUGAAUUUGAAAAGAAAGCGAACGUAAUUAAUAAUCAAAUUUUUCACCUUUUACAAUUUCAUCAUCAUUGUAUCAUCCUCAUCACCGUCAUCAAGCAUUUGUUAUUUAUCUUUGUUGAAUUAUUGAACCUCUUAUAAUUUAAAAGUUUUUGCUUAUCGUUUCCUGAGCUGUUCGAUUGGUUUUUUUCUUUCAAUCCUAAAACAUUAGGCUUGAUUUCAUUCAAUUUUCAAUUCAGCGUCACCAAAAAAAAAAAUUUAAUUAAAUUUGUUUCUACAGUGAUUUAAAUAUAUUCCGAUUUGAUCAAUUGUUAAUUCUAAGUUAAAGAAAUGGUAAAAGAGACCGCUUAUUACGAUUUACUUGGUGCAUCGCCAACAUGUUCACAAGAUGAUCUGAAGAAAGCCUACAGAAAAUUAGCCCUCAAAUAUCAUCCCGAUAAAAAUCCAAAUGAAGGUGAAAGAUUUAAGGCCAUAUCUCAAGCAUAUGAAGUAUUAGCAAAUGAGGAAAAGCGUCGAUUAUAUGACAUGGGCGGUGAGAAAGCCAUCAAAGAAGGUGGUAUGGCUUCAGCAACAUCACCAAUGGAUAUAUUUGAUAUGUUUUUCGGUAUGGGCCGAUCAAAACGUGAUCAAGGACCUCGAAAAGGAAAGGAUUUGCAUUUCGCAUUGGGUGUAACACUCGAAGAACUUUAUAAUGGUUCCACACGUAAACUUCGUGUCUCACGUAAAGAAAUAUGUGAAGAUUGUAAAGGAUCCGGUACUCGCACACCAGGUGUCAGCGCCGAAAAAUGUGCUGCUUGUCAAGGAUCAGGAAUGCAAAUUCGUGUUGAACGGUUAAGAAAUAAUUCUAAUUUCAUUCAACAAAUUCAAUCAAUUUGUACCGAAUGUCAAGGAAAUGGUGAAAAAAUUGCAGCUAAAGAUCGUUGUAAAAAAUGUAGUGGAAAUAAAGUCAUAAAGAAUUCGACAUUAUUAGAGGUUCAUAUUGAUAAAGGCAUGACUGAUGGUCAGAAAAUUGUCUUUUCCGGUGAAGCCGAUCAGGAUCCAUCAUAUGAACCAGGUGACAUUAUUGUCAUCUUGGAACAAAAGGAUCAUGAUGUUUUCAAACGAAGUCACGGUAACAAUCUACUGAUGACAAUGAAAAUCAAUAUAACCGAAGCAUUAUGUGGUUUUCAAAAAACUGUCACCACUUUGGACAAUCGAACAUUAUUGAUUACUAGCCAUCCUGGUGAAGUAGUCAAACAUGGUGCUAUUAAAUAUAUUGCUGGUGAAGGUAUGCCGACAUAUAGAAAUCCAUUCGAAAAGGGUAAACUCAUUAUUAAUUUUGCCGUCGAAUUUCCGGAUUAUAUUGACCCUGCUCAUAUUCCAAAAUUGGAGGCUAUAUUACCUCCAAGAGCGAUACAAGAUAUUCCAAUGACCGAUGUUGAAGAAGUUGAACUACAUGAUUAUUCAAUCAUAGAUGAAGAACGCUCACGACAGAAUCAUCGUGAUGCAUAUGAAGCAUAUGAAGAAGAUGGUGAUAUGAAUCAUGGACCAGGUGUGCAAUGUGCCACACACUAAAAUUCACACACGAACUUUGAGCAUAUUAAAUGACUCAACUUUUUUUUCAUUCACUUUUUUUCUAAAAAAAUGGAUGAAAUUAAACAUGAAAAAAAAUAUUUUCGAAAUUGAUCGUAAUUAAACACAUACACACACAUUCACACAAAUUAAACAUACAUCAUUAUAAAAUUUAUAAAUAUACUUAGCUUUAUUUGUUAAUAAUGGAUUGAAUUAUUUUUGAAAUGAAAUAAAUUUCAAUUCAAUUCAUUCAUCUAAUUCUGUGUGUUACUAUUAGUCUUUUUUUCAAUCCAAAGUACAAUUAUAAG